AUGGGUAUCUCUCCCGAAACCACCGUAUGGGUAGCCUUCAACAUCGCUGCAGGCCACAUCCUUCUUGUCAUCCUCCUUGCCACCAGCUUGACUUUCCGCUCCGCGCGACAACCUAUCCCGGUAGUCAGCUCCUGCUUCACCUGGAUAUUUUCAGGAAUUGUUUCAUGUUUGCUCUUUUAUAAAGGCGAGCAAGUGGGAGCCGAGCCAGGAAAGAGCCUGUGCCAAGCCCAGGCUAUAUUGAUCACACCCAUGCCAGUCCUGACCUCUAUGGCAGCGCUAGCGCUUGUCUACGACACAUGGUCAACAUUCACCCCUGCACAGCUCAGAGAAGGGCUAAAGGAUCCCGCCACUCACAAAUUGACAUCUCUCCUCCUCGUUGUGAUUCCUUACAUCACAUACAUCGCAUUUAUGUCCGUGGGCAUCCCGUUUGCGCUUAACAAUCCGGGGGAAACCACCCGUUCAGGAAAGAACUUUUACUGUUCUAUGGACUGGGCUCCAAACAACAAUGCUGUCGCAUUUACUGCCGGGAUAGUAUCCCUCUCCGCGGUCGCACUGCAGGGUAAUCUCAACAAAUCUCAUGGUCCUCAUUCCUUGGCUGAUUGCCGCCCCAGUGAGAUUGAUCUUCAUUUGAUCUUUCGUAUUGCUCUGUUCACCCUCUACACGGCCGCUUCUGCUGCCCUCCACCUGGUCACUGUCGCGAAUGUGGACAUUGGCGUUGCCCCCGAUAUGCUUGCCGCAUCUGGAGGCCUGAUGUUUUUCUUCGUCUUUGCCACCCGACGUGAAAUUCUUCGCGUCUGGUCUUCCCUCAUCCGCCGCCGCCUCCCUCGCUCCCACCUACGCGACACCAGAAACGGCCGCAACACCAUCAUCUCCGCCUCCUCCAUCUACUCCACCGAUACCCACAAGAUACCCGGCACGCCCCUCACGCCCCUCACGCCCCCCGCCCCGCUCUCGCCCCUCACGCCCUUCGCGACCCCAACCUCCUUCGCCGGCCCCCCCACCCCGUCCUCGCGCCCGAAGAUCUCCGCGCCGAUGCCGGUCAUCAAGCGGCCGUCGGAGGCGUUCGAGCGCGACGACGACGACGACGACGACGACGCCGCGCCGGCAUGGAAGACGGACGUCGAGGCCGCGGUCGAGGCGCUCGGGACGAGCCCCGAGGAGUGA